AUGGAUAAGGUCCCUGUUCAAGUUGAUGGAAGAUUUAGUUUAGGAAACAUUUUGGGAUCUGGUUCAUACACUGUCGUGUAUCAUGCACAGAACAUCAUCAAGGAUGUUGUAGUUGCCGUUAAACUGGAACCCAUCACCCACUCAUCUUCUGUGCAGCGCGAAUACCAUAUUCUAAAACACCUUGAAGGCGGUGUUGGUAUUCCCCGUGUCAUCUGGUUCAGUAGGGAAUCAAUGUAUUAUGCUCUUCUUUCGCGUCUCAAAUAUAUCCACUCCCAUAAUUAUGUUCAUGGUGAUAUUAAACCACAGAAUGUUAUUGUGGGGCUUGGUGAUUUGAAAGACACUGCCUUCAUUAUAGAUUUUGGCAUUGCAAAGGAAUUUUGGAACACAGCAGCCAGUCUCCAUAUACCAUUUUGCCAAGGGCAAUGUCUCACUGGCACUCUGGCAUUUGCUUCUAUUAAUACACACUUAGGAGUUGAACCAGGUCGUCAUGACGAUCUUGAGUCACUUACUUACAUGUUGAUAUACUUCUUGCAGGGCUCCCUUCCAUGCUCUUCCAUACUCAAGUACAAAGUGGAUACAACCAUUGAAAAUUUGUGCUGUGGCAUUCCUAUUGAAUUCACAAUGAUUCUCAUUUAUACCCGCUCUCUCGCAUUCUCAGAAGGUCCUGAUUAUAAUCACCCCCAUUCAUUGCUUCAUAUCCUUUGUUCUGCACCAACUGCAUGCAUACUGGAUUUAAACCAGCCUGAUGUACCUGUUAUAACUCCAUCUUCCAGUAAAUCCUAG